GAAAAUCAGCCUCGUUGCCGUUGAGUAACCUUCGCACGGCUGACUUGUUCCUAUUGCCCUACAUCUGAACAUGGCUGAUGGGCCUAGUGCCUCGGUGCACAUUGCUUCUACUGUUCCCGUUACUGCCGCCAGCCACACUGGUCCAACCGAGGCUAAGCGCCGUCGGAUCGCCCUUGCAUGCGUUGCCUGUCGAAAACGGAAAUCCCGGUGUGAUGGCGCGUCUCCGUCAUGCACUCUCUGUAGAGACUUCGGUUAUGAGUGCCACUACACUGGCGCAGCAGCUAGUAGUAGAAUCACUGUUGAAAAAAGUUACAUAUCAACUCUGGAAGCUCGAGUGGAUAGAGUCGAACAAUGGAUAGCACGUCAAGAGUCCCAAGCACAACGACAGCAACGUUCGAAACAAAUAUCAUCCCCGCAAUCCAACGGUCUUUCCCCAUUCGAUGAGGAUGAGGGUGUCCGCAAUAAGGCAGGCGAGGAGGGCUUCGUCGAUGCAAUGGGUGUGAUCACAUUCGCAAGCGAAGAGGAAACCGCAUAUUUCGGCCCUUCAUCGAAUGUUGCCUUCCUACGGUAUAUCGCACGCGGUAUUGCCAACAAGUCAUCACAGCCCUGGUCACCAUCAUUCCCAGGCCGUAAUCGAGCCUCAGAUCAUGGCUUUGCAAGCAUUUGCCGGAGUGGACUCCCCUCUCCAAGUGACAGACGAAUGGCCAGCCACAUCAAUCUGUUCGAGCUUCCCGCCCCUGAAGAUACGAGGAGGUUAAUCAAUGCCUUCUUUGUUGAUACUGCAACUUUGUUUCCCUACCUGCACCGAGAAACGUUCUUGAAUGCAUACACGGCUGUCGGAGACAACAAUUGGACAAAAGUAAGACGUACCUGGCUUGGUCUACUGAACAUGGUGCUAGCCUUGGCGACAAGUGCGGUCGUUGACUCCCGCGUCUCUGCCCCCAACCGUAUGGCGGCAUCUGAUAUCUUCUAUAGGAGGGCCGUAGACUUGUGUCGCGAACGCAUGAUGAGAGGGGCGACGUUAGAGAUAGUGCAAUGCUCCCUGCUCAUGGGUCAGUAUUUACAAGGAACACAUGACUCUGUUCAAGCAUGGGUUGUGCAUGGCAUCGCAGUUAAGGCUGCCUAUGCGCUGGGGCUGCAUUGCAACCACGCGCCAGAUGACAUCUCGCCCCUAGAACGGGAAGUACGGAAGAGGACAUGGUUUGGUUGUGUGGUGCUUGACAGGACAUUAAGCAUGACUUUUGGGCGUCCACCCAGUAUACCAGAAUCUUUUGUGCGCAUCGAAGCGCCAAAGCCGUACCAUUUGGUGGUACCGGGACUCGAAGAAGACCCGAAUGAGUUUCUGACCGUUGGUUUCUUCAACGCUACCAUUAAUCUGUAUCGGAUCAUGUCGCAGGUGAUAGACUCCCUGUAUAGUCAGAAUAUUGGAUGUGACACCAUCGAAACGAAUGACACUAUCCUGCGGCUAUUUCAACUUGAGCAAGAGUUAUCCAAGUGGAAGCAGUCGGUCAUUCCAGAGCUCACGGUGCUAUCAGUGGAUGACCCAAUGAACCUCACUUCGGCAAAUGCAUUCGGCAGUUCAACGUUCCUCAAAACCCGGUUUUCCAACAUCCUCACUUUGCGUUACCUUAAUCUACGCCUGCUUCUACACCGACCUAUUCUGAACAAGAUACUGAAUCAGGAUGCAUCCGAUUUGACAGCAGCGCACGAAGGUCUUCUCCUACAACAAGUUGGGCAGAACAGUCUCCAGACGUGUAUGAAAUCUGCUCAUCUGAUCAUCGCGACUGUGAAAGAAGCAGUCUCCGGGUCCAGCGCCGAGGGUUCUCUUCUUGGUGCAUGGUGGUUUACGUUGUAUUACAUAUUCAACGCCUCACUCGUCAUCAUCGUAAGCUUCCUUGGCCACCUCAAUCUCGGCGCCGAAAUGCGUUCUUCGUAUUUCACGGCGGAUUCGGUAUUUGCCACGCUGCAGCAGGCCAUCUCGACUAUGAAAGCGCUGGAUAACGACAAUCACACCAUCGAUCGAUGCUGUUACUAUCUAGAACAACUGGUCCUAGUAUGCGCAAACAUCUGCGAUUAUCACGGAUACUCUUCCCUGACCAUGCCCGCGGGCAUCGCAAUUCAACAUGAUGUGCAGGUCAAUGGAGGCGCCACAUCACUAAUGCCGCAUAACCAAGAUCUUGAUUUUGGUCAGUUCUUGCUCGAAAGCGAUUUUGACUUCGUAGCGGGACAUCUGAACACCAGGCUGGGCGAAGAAGUGACGAGUGGGGCAGACAUGUUGCAGAACGAAGGCAGGAGUUUAUGAGCAUGGUAGUUUGCAUACCAAGAGCGGGUAAAAUUCUGCUUGGACGAGGAUCUGUCUUGUUGUUAUGCAUGACUAGUGAUCGUCUUCCCUUACUACUUGAUACCGGGCUCUUGCACUUUCGUUAGUGUUCUGGAUACUGCAGACAGGGGAAUGCACCAGACUUGAUCGGUCAAACUAUUCUCUUGUGUUGCCAAUGUCCACACGGCAAGAUAUAUGGUGGCUUGGGUAGGAUAUCCGGACUCUGGAUGGGAAAGCAGACUUACCACCAGUAUAGGCUUCGUCAAUGUCCCUACAGCAACACCAUGGCCAAAACAGCUGUACACCACGUCCGCACUUCAACAGAAUGUAGUAAUGGC